UUACAUAACAUAAUGAUGACAGUAUAAAAAUCCCCAUACUCACAUUGUCUGCAGCAGGACCUUCACAGCUGCACAGUUUGCUCAGACAAGAUGAAACUUUCAGCCGCCCUGAUCCUCGUCUGUGUGGUGUUGGCCGGGGGGGUGACCAUUAAGACCAUGGUGUUCCCCUCUGAGACGGCGACCAGUUAUGUGGAGAUGGUCCCCCAGAAGCCCCUCAACAUGAAUGCCUUCACUCUGUGCAUGCGCGUGGCCACGGAGCUCAGCGGAGAGCGUGAGGUCAUCCUGUUUGCCUACCGGACCGGAGACUUUGACGAGCUGAAUGUGUGGCGUGAGCUGGACGGCAGAUUAUCCUUCUACCUGUCGGGAGAGGGUGUUAUGUUCCAAGUCCCUCAGCUCGGCGCCCUGCAGACACACCUGUGUGUCACCUGGGAAUCCAGUUCAGGUGCGGCCGCCCUCUUCAUGAAUGGGAGGAAAAGCUUGACCAAAAUCUACAAGAAGGGUCACAGGGUCCGCCCCGGAGGCAAGGUCAUCAUCGGACAGGAUCCGGAUGUUUACCUGGGUGAUUUUGACGCCAAACAGAGUUUUGUUGGGGAGAUCAGUGAUGUUAAUCUGUGGGACUCUGUCCUCUCAGACAGCACGAUCCAAGACAUGUUCUCCGGGAAGAGGGUACCAAGAGCAAACGUCUUCGACUGGGAAACCACAGAGCUUAAGAUUAACGGGGAGGUGGAGGUUGUUAAUAUUGAGCUGUAAUGCUCACAGGACAUGCUGGAAUAAUAAAGGCAAUGUCAUCAUGUCAACAACAUAAAGCUCCAUCCACAUUACGCCUGUAUGUCAUUCAGUACAUGAAGAUGAUGAAGUGUUGAUCACACUGUUAUUCUCCUCAGUCCAAUAAAAAACAUAUGACAACA